AUGCGCCCCCUGCUCAUCAACCAAGCCCUCAGGGCACUCCUCCUCAUCUUACUGGGAUCAUCUCUGCCAUCCACCUCAGCCACUUGCCGCACUUUCUGCAGCAAUCUCACCGUCGACUACCCGCUCACGACAAGCCCAGGCUGCGGCCACCCUGCAUUCAAAGAAGUUUUGUUCUGUAUAAAUGGAGCUCUCAUGCUCCACUCCUCCUCCAAUUCUUAUCGUGUUUCAGCCAUCGACUAUGCGAGCAGCAUCCUCACCAUACAAGACCCGGCAUCCGCACCACCAACUUGCUCGUCAAACACAAAGCCAUGGCGGUCUGAGAGCGGUGGAUCACUGGGAUUUAUGGUGGAUGAGUGGCAUGAGGGGUUCAUGUGGGUGGAGCCUGAGAAUGUGUUCCUGUUGUUGGGGUGUGGUGCAAAGAGUAAGGUGUUUCAGGGGUUCCCGGAGAGGAGGAUGGCGUGCAGGGAGGGGGCGGGGUGCGAGGCUGUGUACAGCAGGUGCGGGGUGGAGUACGGUGGUUGUUGCGCUGUGGGAGGCAGCGAGGUGGGAAGGAGAGGUAUGAAUGUGAGUGGGUGGGGCUGUGAGGGGUAUGGAAGUGUGUAUAGGGUGGGGCCUGUGAAAGAGGGGGUCGAGGGAGGGUGGGGGAUGGGGAUACGGGUGGGAUUUGGUGUAAAUGGGAGAGGAGGAGUGGGUUCAUCACUGUCGUCAUCGUCAUCAUCAUUAUCAUCAUCGUUUGAUUGUCGGAGGUGCAGAGAUAGUGGGGGAGAGUGUGGAUAUGAAGAAGUCAAGGGAGAAGAGAGGUGCCUUUGCGGGGAAUGGAACUCCACAAUUGACUGCGACAUAGGUCGAUCGUUUGCUGGGAAUAGCUGCUGGAGUCCAACCAUGCUGAACACAUUCACAGGGGUGCUUAUUGGCUUUGUCUUAUGGAGUUGCCACAUCUGAUUCCACGUGUAAUGAAUUUCCAACCCAUCAAGACCUGGGAUUUCCACGUGGAAUGUCUUUUCAAUUUGCAUUAGUAAAAAAGGACAAUUUUUGACAUUUUGAAGGAAGUGCGUAAUUUUUUAUUUUUAUUUUUUGGGUAAUUCAGUGGGGAUGACAGACCUCUACCCGUAUUAUAGUAUGGUUACAUGUAGUACAUGUUGUGCUAGCGGCUAUCCCGUGGGGUUGGCCAGAAGUUUCG